AUGACUGCCCUGCUUCCCAACGUCAGCAUCCCCGGGACCACCGCAGCCCUGCUGGUGACCACCGACUGCCCCCUGAACCUGACCCCAGCAGCUCAGGCGGGCCUCGGGUUGGGCCACGCUCCGCUCUGCACACUCUGCUGCUGCGGGUUCCUCAACCGCACCUUGGCUGUGGUGUUCAUGGUCAGCUUGGCCUUCGCCAUCGUGGUGGGAAACGUAAUCACACUCACCGUAUUCGUUCAAACGCGGCAGUCUCGAACACCACAGGGAUACUUGAAAGUUUCUUUGGCUAUUGCGGACAUGAUGGUCGGCGUCCUCGUGGUUCCGUUCUCCGUCUACACCGAAGUCUCUCUGAUGGUGACCAGCGCCCCUCCGACCUGGUACCAGGGCAGCUCCAAUGCUCCGGCCCACUCCUCCCCCCUCGGCGACCCGGUGAGCCCUUGGCAGCCGUGCAUGCUCAUCGGACCCGUGUUCGCCGGAUGCACGUUCGUUUCCAUCAGCACCAUCUUCCUGAUGACCCUGGAGCGAAGCGUGGCCAUCCUGCGCCCGCUGCACAAGGACGCUCUGGUGACACGGAGGCGAACUCUCUUCCUCAUCCUGCUGUCCUGGGCGGCCAGCUUCCUGUUGGCCCUCGCACCGCUCAUCUUCAGCGGCAACUUCACCUUGGAGUACAAUGAGUGCAGUCGAAUGUGUAAUUACACUCCGCUGCUGUUCGGGAGCCAGCUGCCUCCCGAUGCCCACAUCCUGCUGCUGUUCCCAGCGUUCGACUUCACGCUGCUUGGCGGCACCUUAGCAGUGAACAUCGUGUCCUUCACAAGCAUCCGGCGGUAUUCGCGAAAGCGUAAACUGCUGUCGGAGGGGAGCCUGAGCGACGGAGGCGGCGCAGCAGGAGGGGGAGGAUGCCCUCACAGGCCCUCCUUUUCAGAUAUCAAAGCUGCCAAGACUAUUGGCAUAUUAACGUUCGCCUUCACCGCCUCCUUCUCUCCCAUCGCAGUGUUUGUGCUGGGAAACGUGGUGGGAUACACCUGGUGUAACUUUUCCUUCUUUGCCUUCUGGAUUCUGACAGGGAACAGUUGCUGUAAUGUGAUUAUCUACAGUGUGCGAGACCACCGCUUCAGAAAGGGCGUGACGUUGCUCUUUCAGCGAGAACAGUCGCCACCGAACGGUGAGAAAACCUGA